CUCACGCUCUCCGCGUAUCUUAGCUCAAACUCUGCCUUUCCUCUACCCUGCGCUUUCGUUUCCUCAAUCCUUUUAAUUCCGGCCGUCUCGCCGGAGAUUCCCCGCCGUUUAGGAACCCGCUGGAUUCUCUCGAGUUCUACAUUUUCGUUUGAGAGUUGUGUGUAUACGCGCACGAAUUCCCGUACUCGCGAGGUUCUGGAUUGUGACGGCGAGGAGAUGGGGGUGGAUUACUACAAUAUACUCAGAGUUUCGAAGAAUGCGAACGAAGAAGAUUUGAAGAAGGCGUACCGGCGGCUGGCGAUGAAGUGGCAUCCGGAUAAGAACAGCCAGAACAAGAAGGAAGCGGAGGCGAAGUUCAAACAGAUAUCGGAGGCGUACGAUGUGCUCAGCAACUCUCACAAGCGGCAGAUCUACGAUUUGUACGGCGAGGAGGUUUUGAAAUCCGGCCAAUUCGAUCCGGCGUCUCCGACCGGUGUCGGCGGCGGCGGCGGUGGAAGGGGAUUUAAGUACGAUCCGCGUGAUGCGGAAGAUAUAUUCGCCGAGUUUUUCGGCCGACCGGAGGGAAUUUAUAAAGGGAGCCCUGCUCAUGACGGUGUUAACAGAGGAACGCCGCGGAAGGCGGCGCCUGUGGAGAACAAGCUGCCGUGUAGCUUGGAGGAGCUUUAUAAAGGCUCCAAAAGGAAGAUGAAGAUUUCAAGGAUCGUUCUCGAUGAUGCUGGUAAGCCAGUGACUGUUGAAGAGGUACUGACAAUACACAUCAAGCCUGGUUGGAAGAAAGGCACGAAGAUCACUUUCCCUGAGAAAGGGGACUACGAAGCGGGUGCUGCCCCUGGAGAUCUUAUUUUCGUUGUUGAUGAGAAACCCCACGGGGUGUUCAAGAGGGAUGGGAACGACCUCGUUAUCCAUCACAAGAUUUCCUUACUGGACGCUCUGACAGGGAAGACAAUCAAAUUGACGAGCUUGGAUGGAAGAGAUUUGACGGUAGAGAUUUCAGAGAUUGUGAAGCCAGGACAGGAGAAAGUAAUCCCGGAUGAAGGGAUGCCGAUAUCCAAGGAGCCUGGUAAGAAAGGGAAUUUGAGGAUCAAGUUCGACAUAAAAUUCCCAUCGAGAUUGAGUGCAGAUCAGAAGUGUGAUCUGAGGAGGGUUCUGGGCAGGCAUGCUCAAUAGCGAAAGUUAAGGUAUAUUUGUUAACUGUGGCUAACAAAGUUAGGGAAAGUGAAAUACAAGGAAUGUAAAUAUAUCUGAUAUAUUUUCAGUGGUAAGGAGAGUGAAAUGUGCAUAAGAUAGUAGGGAAGAAGAAGAUAGUUUGAACAAUUAUUUAGCUGCUACCAGACACCAGUUAAUUAUUCGUGUUGGUUGUGGAAUAUGUUUGUAUUGUAAUAAUGUUGUUCUUAAUCUUGGAUAUGGAUGCCUAUAUAGUCAGUCAAUUUCAGAGUGAGAAUUUUCGAUUAAUAAGAAAAUUCUAUCUAUAAAUGCAUAGA